AUGCGUUUCACCAACUUCGCUCUCGCUGCUUUCUCCAUGGGCUCUGCCCUCGCUGCCCCGGCCGUCCACCAGCAACAGGCUCGUGCCAUUGAGCUCCUCAGCACUGCCAUCACCACCGUCACUGGUGUCCAGAAGACGGUUGAGGGUGACCUAAAGCUCAUCUCUGGCCUCGUCGUGGGUGUUAACGUCAACACCACCACUUUGGUUCCCCAGAUUGAGCACACCCUCCUUGAGGUUGUCAGUGAGGUUACCAAGAUUGCCAGCCCCGUCUUGUCCCUCGUUGGUGAGGGUGUUCCCCAGCUCGCCGAGUCGGAGCUCCAGCAGCUUCCUCAGCUAUUGAACGGUGUCCUCUCCAUCGGUAACGGUAUCAAGACCACUGUCGGUCAGGUCGUCAAGGGUGUCUCUGGUGAUGCUCUUACUGCCGUUAAGCCUGAGCUACAACUCGUCCUCUCCAUCGUUGAGCCCAUUGCCAAGCCUGUUGUCGGUCUCGUCCAGGGUCUCCUUGGUGAGGUCGCUCCUGAACUUGCUCAGGAACUUCAGGGUCUCCUCGGUGACGUUGAGGGUCUCCUCGGAAACAUCCUCGCUCCCGUUGCUGGCCUCCUUGGUGGCAAGGUCCUAUAA